UGGCAGGUGGCGCCGGUCCCGUAAGCGCCGGCGCUCCUGAGCCGCCUCCCGCCAUGGGCAGCGCCGAGAGCCGCGAGGGCCGCAGGGCGUCUUUCGGGAUGGACGAGGAGGAGCGGGUCCGGGUGCUGCAGGGCAUCCGGCUGUCUGAAAACGUCGUCAACCGCAUGAAGGAUCCUGGCCAGCCGUCCAGAGUCGGGCCGUUGGACCCUCCAGCUGCUGCCCUUGGCUCCUCUGGAGGCCGAGAGAAAGACUCGAAACCACCCAGGCCGGAGUGCGGCAGUGGCCAGGAACCCCUGAGGGUGCAGGUGGAUCCCCUUGAGAGGUGUGACCGGGAGCAGGCUGUGCUCCAGCACGAGCUGGUCCGUGUGGCCACGACAGACAGAGAGGCGGCUGCGAAGCCCCGGAGCAUGACCCUGCGGCGUGGGGAGGGCAGUGCGGACCAGGAGAAGCAGCGGUCGGCCCAGCUGGCCAGGGAGCUGGAGAGCCAGGAGGCAGAGCUGAGACGCCGCGACGCCUUCUGCAAGGAGCAGCUGGGGCGCCUGGAGAGGCAGAACCUCGAGACGUACAGGCUGUCAUCACAGCAGUUCCACGAGGCAGCUGCCAAGGUGGAGGGCGCCAUCAAGCCGCGCAGGGUGGAGCCCGUGUGCUCGGGGCUGCAGGCCCAGAUCCUCCGCUGCUACCGCGACCACCUGCAGGAGGUGCUGCUGUGUGCCGACCUGGUGAGAGCCUACCAGCACUGCGUCAGCUCCGCUCACAAGGCACGCGCGGCCCCACCCGGGCUCCAGGGUUGACGCAGCCUUGUGCCGGGCCCACCGUGAUGUGGAGCUUGAAGCCUGGACCUGCUGUGGGGCCACUGUCCAGACAACGGCCGCGGCCUCCCUGCUGGCGCCACUACCCCUGUGCUGGAGAAGGCUGUGUGCGCCCCACUCGCAGACAAAUAAAGCAGAUGUCUGUGCCUGGUG